CGCCUACUGUGUAAUUUUAGACUUUCAACCGGUGCCUGCUCUUCAGUGGGCCUGGGUUUCUCCAGGGGAGGCCUAUGCAUUAUUCGCACGAAUUUAAACAGUGCAGUGCAUGUAAUAUAAGCCGAUAGAUUGAGACGUACUUAACUAAUUUUCUAAGAAUAUGUCGCAUAGUGCUCGAACUCAUGCGCGGUGCUAUUAAUACGCAGUGCACAACUGCCUUGCCGUCAUCUUCCUUGCAUAGCCGAGCGCUUGUAGUGUAUAAUCUAACAGUUUUCUCGCAUAAUAAUUAUCAGCCCUUUCCCACCUCUACAUCUACUUGGGUUCGUCAUAACGUACAAACUCAUUACUUGAUCGCCUCAGCCCCAACACGAUAGACAAACAGUGCUUUCGAUAGUUCACUCAGACAAUGACGACGCCUAUCAUCGUUGUCGUCGGUGCGGGAGUUGUCGGCUUAUCCACAGCCAUCGAAAUUCAAGAAAGGAUUCCAAGCGCUAAAGUUUAUAUCGUCGCAGAGGUUCUACCUGGGGAUCCAAAGUCAAUCAAGUAUACGAGUUUGUGGGCUGGCGCUCAUCAUGUCUCUCUAGCUGAAAACGAGGGCCAACUUAGGUUGGACAGUAAAACGUUCCGAAGAAUGUGGGAAAUGUCGGAGGGCGGGCAUCCAGCGGAACAUUGCUUUUUACGACUUCAACAGACGGAGUAUUACUCUGACAAACGGAACAAUGAAGGGAAUACAGACCGUCUGCAUUUUAUGCCGGAUUACCGGGUCUUCAAGGAUUCUGAGCUGAUCGAAGGGAGUCUUUCUGGUGUGGAAUUCACUACGCUAACCAUCGACACUCCAGUAUACCUCCCAUACCUCCUCUCUCGGUUUGAAUCUGCAGGAGGAACCAUCAUUCGGGCCUCGAUCUCCGCUCUUUCUUCCCUUCUCACCGGCACGCUCGUUCCAGAAAAACCUUCGGCAAUCAUCUCUUGUCCAGGUCUUGGAGCGGCAACCAUCAAAGGGAUCGAGGAUCCGGAUGUUUAUCCCAUAAGAGGCCAGACCGUCCUUGUCAGGACACCUUGGGUUAGGUUUGGGAGGACACUUAGUGAACCAGGGGUUGAUGGCAUUUGGACAUAUAUCAUUCCUAGGAGAAGCGGUGAUGUGAUUUUGGGAGGAGUGAAGCAAGUGAAUGACUUCCGGCCCGAGCCACUCAAAGAAAUAACGGAGGACAUCCUUAGGAGAUGUUUGAAACUUUGUCCAGAGUUAGUGACGGGCUCUCCUGAGUUCAAGUCAUCCACCAGCGGCCCUGAAGCUGAAGGGGGAGGAACGCCACGCAAGGUGACGGUGGACGAUCUGAGACCAUUUAUAAUCGAGGAAGGCUGUGGACUUCGUCCUGCAAGGAAAGGAGGCAUUCGCUUUGAAGUGGACUGGCUGUCUGCAGCUGAGAGCACCAAUGGGAAAAUUCCAGUCAUUCAUCAUUAUGGGCAUGGUGGCUUUGGAUAUCAAUCGUCCUGGGGUAGUGCGGAAAAGGCUGUUGAUUUGUUGCAGACUGUCUUGUAAACGAGCUUCCAGUCAUUUUCGCGCGCGUCGUGCAUGCUUGCCGUUUCCCCGGCCUGAUUCGCAGCGAUGCAAUAUGUAAUAUAUGUAGUCAGAGAGAUCAGAAUCAAAUUGGGAAUGUUUCCGUUUCAUCAAUGUCCACGCCUCAGCGUACAUGUACAUACAUGCAUGUACCAUGUCGAUGAAAUCGUUG